CCUCCUCAGACUCUUUGCGGAGAAGAACAAAAUGGCUGCUGCAAGAUUUGUUGGUGCUCUUGGUUCGCAAGUGUUGCGUAAUUGCAGCAGGGCUUUGGUUCUGCAGCAGCCAAGAAACGCUGCUCCAGCAUUUCAUCUCGCCAAGCGCAUGAUGUCUUUUUCUCGAGCCGAUAUGAGCAAGACGGCGAUUCAAAAGCCAGCCCCGGCUUUCUCCGGCACUGCAGUCAACAAGCACGGCGAAUUCAUCGACCUGAAGCUUUCUGAUUAUAAAGGGAAAUACGUUGUGCUGUUUUUCUACCCGCUCGAUUUCACUUUUGUCUGCCCAACGGAAAUCAUUGCCUUCAGUGACCGUGUGGAUGAGUUUAAGGCCAUUAACUGUGAAGUGAUCGCCUGCUCUGUAGAUUCAGAGUACUCCCACUUGGCUUGGACGAAUGUCCCACGCAAGAAGGGUGGAAUUGGUAACAUUAACAUUCCCAUUCUGUCUGACCUGACAAAGCAGAUCUCUAAAGACUACGGCGUGCUGCUGGAAGACCAGGGAGUGGCACUCAGGGGGCUGUUCAUCAUUGAUGAUAAGGGUAUCCUUCGACAAAUCACCAUAAACGAUCUACCAGUUGGGAGAUCUGUUGAUGAGACACUACGCCUGAUUCAGGCCUUCCAAUUCACAGACAAGCACGGAGAAGUGUGUCCAGCCGGAUGGCGUCCUGGUGCUGAUACGAUUAUCCCUGAGCCACAGAAGAGCUCCUCCUACUUUAGCAAGCAAUAAGGAACCUCAUCGGAGGGCCAAAACAAGAAUAGCUCAUUGUUUUUGUGUUUUUAUUGUGUUUAGCAAGAGAACAUUUAAAUGCGGCUACCAUAGUAUAAGAAUGUGGUGUUUCUAGUUUUGACUGUGAAAAAUUAGACACAUUCUAAUAAGUAAAUGUACGUUGUGUAAAUGAUCCAAAGACCUUUAGUGGAGUUUUAGCUAAAUAGAAGCUUAACAUGGGAAUGUGUGUAAAUGUUGCGGUGUUAUAAAUGUGUCAAUAAAUGGUCUUUUCACGUAUACCUACAA